GUACCCAGCUAGUAGGGACGCCAGCGGAGCAGGUACGCCAGCCGGAGCAGGCCAGCCGGAGCAGAGCCGCGGGUGCUCACACACAAUGGCGCUCCUCCUCGCCCUCCUCGGCCCAGGUCGCGAGACCCGAGCCGCGGCGCGACCCCCCCGCGCUCGCGACACGCACAUGCUCGAGGUCAAGUCGUGGUUCGACAGCGGCGUCCGUCUCACUGCAGCAGCGGCAGCUUCGGCUCCACCGCCCGAAGGGCCCGAGGCCCGGGUGGUGCCCGCCACGACCCGUCACCUCUCCGACAAGAUUGCCCUCACCGGUGCCCGCCCGGAGGGGUGCGCCGUCCAAUACCUCGGCGUUUUCACGAAAAGUGUGCUCGGAAGCCACCAUGGCGUGGACGUCUAUGGCGGCUCGACAAACCCCUACCGCCGCUACGGCUGCUACGAGAAGGUCGGCGACCCCACCAAGAUGCUGUGGUACGACGGCGAGGCGUGGGUGGUCGGAGACAAUCUCGGCGGCAGGAUCGGCAUGGUGUGCGUCGACGAGCGCUCGACCCGGACCACCGAUUGGGGCCGGCGAACAGGUGUGAUUGUGGUCGACGAGCAGGCGGCGGCUCCAGCUCUCGUGAUCCAGGAUGUCGCACAGCUCGGGAGCAAGCCGGCCCUCCGGAGCAGCGCCCCGCCCGCCGACGCCGAGCGGAGGCGGCGCCCACGAGAGAGCGAGCAGCGGCGGCGGCCGGCGGUCGAGACCAAGUUUUCGGCCGCGCGUGCCGCGACGCAGUUCUCCGAAAGCCUGUACGGAGGAGCCCCUGCCGAGGCGCCGUCGGUGGGGUACGAGCCCCCCGAGGGCGCAGAGCAGGCGCCGCAAGGCGAGGCGGAGCACCGACGGACGCGCGUCGAGUCGCGCCCGUGGCGGAGCCGCACCGCGGAGAGCCCCUUCGGAGGCCCGCCUCCCGAGGCCGCGAAAAGCUUCGCGCCCGGCAGCUGGACGGCGCAGAGCUCGCCCAGCCCCAUCUCCGGCGCUCCGACCGCCUCCAUCGGCCCCUUCUCCUCCGCCGAGUGGCGCGUGCCGCCACCGACGGGCGGCUGCGAGUUUGGGAUGGCGCCCGAGGGCUUGGGCGGCAUGGGCUUGGGCGGGAUGGGCUUGGUCGGCGUGGGCGGCGUGGGCAUGGGCGGAGGCGGCGACGGCGGCGGCAUGGGCGGUGGCAUGGGCGGCGGCAUGGGCGGCGGCAUGGGCGGGAGCGAGGCGCCGCCGCAGCCGACUGGCCCGGGGGGGGCGAUGCAGAAGGAGAUGCAAAGGGCGCAGCUGGAGGAUCGGGUCGCCAAGGCGCGAGCGGCGAGCGAGGCGCAGCUCGAGGCACGCGUGGCGGAGAUCCUCAAGCCGGCGCUCGACGAGUGGGCCACCAGCGCCAUCGACACCGCCGAGCUCGAGCGGCGAAAGGCGGCCGCGCCGGAGCAGGCAAAGGAGGAGCGCGAGCGGCGCGUCGGCCCGCUCGACACCGCGCACGACGCGUUCAAGGAGGCGGCGGCGGCGCGCGAGGAGGCGUGGGAGGCUUUUGCGAGCGCGUUUGUCGCGGAGCAGACGGCGGAGGGUGAGCUGCUCCGGUCGCUGGAGGCGGUGGAGGCGGCGGGGCAGCCCACCAACUGGCAGCCCACCCGGCCAGUGCAUCGUGGGCAGCCACCUGGGUACGGUGCGCCGCUCGGGCCAGGCGGGCUGGGGAUGCCGCCCCAAGGGAUGGGGAUGCCGCCCCAGGGAGGGAUGGGGAUGCCGCCGCAGGGCGCAGCGUUCCAGCAGCAGCAGGGCCAGCAAACUCAGGGGCAGGGGCAGCAGGGCUUUGACCCGCAAGAUUUCCCGCAGACGCCACCUCCCGGCUUUGGGAUGGGGUUCGGUGCGCCUGGCUUCGGCAUGGGAACGCCUGGCUUCGGCAUGGGAGCGCCAACGUUCGGAAUGAUGGCCUACGGCCCAUCGCCCCCGCAGGGCACCGCCGAGCAGACGCCAAAGGAGGAGGAGGUUCGCGUGAGCAACAAUUCGCUCGGUUCGUAUGGGAUGUAUCUCCAUGCGUUUGCCAUCUCACGCGGCGCUGGCUUCAGCUAUUACGUGUUUUCAGAGGUGGACUACCUGCCAGUCAUGCCCCACUUUGAUGCGACACUCGUCGCCAUGCACGCGGGUGCGUUUCCGCAGUCCGUUGGCGCCUUGGUUGGCAUCGUGCAAGGGCAACCCUUCGAGCCAGACUCCACGUACGACGCGCAUCCAGAGGGCUCGCACAUCAUGUCGACUGCCACCAUCGAGCGAAUCUUUGCUCACGUCUACGAGGAGCGGCGGUGGAAGGGCUCCACCGCCGCCUACAUACUAAACAGAACCUGGUCGGUGUACGGUCGCGAAAAGCCGUCCCGACGACUGCUGAGGCGAAACACGUACUACAACGUGCUACAACAGGGGUUUGGGCUCCUACUCAAGGAGGCAGGUAUUGAGCAGCGAGACUGGACGGGUCAAUUCCGCUCACCGUACUGGCACGCGGCAACUGGGAGCCUUGUUGAUUGGACGGGCGCGUCCGCGUCAAGACAGCAGCUUCCGAUGCGGAGCUUGCUCUUUGCGCCCACACAGAUGCUCUUCCUGGACACCGUGACCCGCUGCUGCGGACAGAACUUCCAAGCUUGCUGGGACCAGCACCCGCGGUGCACGGUCCUCCACACAGCGAUCUUGCCGCAUGUUCGCGGAAAGCGCGUCGUGGAGAUUGGGACACGCCGCGGCGACAGCGUGGCUUGCUACGCGCAAGUCGCAGCAUCGGCUACUGCGGUGGAGGUCGACCCAGGCGCCUGCCUGUACCUGAAGCGUCGCUCCGCGUCGCUCCGCGCAAACGGGUCCGACACCUUCGAGGUUGUCUGCGAGGACUACCGAGCGAACAAGGCGCUGCUGGACGCCGACGUCUACACAUGGUGGCAGGAGCCGCCUCUCUUAGACAACCUGGAGGUGCUUUGGACCCUGCGGUUUACGGCGAGGCCCGCACUCGCGCUCUUGGCUUUCGACCCGCAGUACCAUCCAGACAUGGCGGACUUGCACAUCUUGCAGGGAGCGAACAUGACAGACUGGGUGCAGAGUGUGGGAUACGACGAGUACACGGCGUGCAUCGUGUCAGACGAUAAGGAUCUAAGCAGAGAUCGCAGGCUAUGCUCAAGGGCUCGGGGAGUCUUCCAUCUCGCAGCGGUGGCGGUGAAGCGCAUCGACCUGGCGCUACUUGAACUGGCUUGGGGAGCAAGAGGACGGCAAAAGAGUCGCCCGGGGUAA